CGCAGACCAACAUCCGCGGCCCGCUAGUGAGCAGGAACCUCCAAGCCCCGGUUCCUUGCGCUUGAGCAUUGUCUUCCACCCGGCAGGUUUUAACCCGGAGCACGGAAAGGGCGGACCUUGCUUAUGAGAAUUGAGAUGUUGGAAGUCCUGAAGCGCGGUCUGCAGCAGGUCACCGGUCACGGCGGCCUGCGGGGUCUCCUACGGGUUUUCUUCAGGGCAAAUGAUAUAAGGAUUGGUACAUUGGUGGGAGAAGACAAAUAUGGAAACAAAUACUACGAAGACAACAAGCAAUUUUUUGGCCGCCACCGAUGGGUCAUCUACACCACCGAGAUGAAUGGCAAAAACACAUUCUGGGAUAUGGAUGGAAGCAUGGUGCCUCCUGAGUGGCACCGCUGGCUUCACUGUAUGACUGACGACCCUCCAACCACCAAUCCACUGACUGCUCGUAAAUUCAUCUGGACAAACCAUAAAUUCAAUGUGACUGCCACUCCAGAGCAAUACGUUCCUUAUUCCACCACUAGGAAGAAGAUUCAUGAAUGGGUCCCACCUUCAACACCUUACAAGUGACAACGGUGAAGACUGUUUUCCCGCACUUCCAGGCUAGUGCAGGACGGUCCUUGCAGCUGACAUGAACUUGAUUAAAAUUGCUUGACCUAG